ACCACAAUCCCUGUCUUUCUCUUUGUUCCUCAUUCUUUUUCUCAUUCAUCUUUUCUGACCAGCCAUAAGCUUCAUCGAUAUACAACUUAUUUUAUAAUAUAUCCUUUCCCUAACCCCUGUCUGUGCUCAGUAGAAUAGAACAUCGUUCACUUCAAAAGUCAAUAUCAACUUAGUAUAACCAUGGCUGCGCCACGAACCUCUCUCUGGUCAAAAUCCACCCGUUCGAAGAGCGAGUCCGAGCCUCGUACUCGUAUACUUAAGGAUAAUACGCUUGAAUCUGUUGUUGAAUACAUUAAGGAAGGCAAAGCCAAAAACAUUAUUGUAAUGACUGGUGCAGGAAUCUCAACCGCAGCAGGCAUCAAGGAUUUUCGAUCACCUGGAACUGGGCUUUAUAAUGACCUUAAACGAUUCAAUCUACCCUAUCCUGAAGCUGUCUUUGAUAUUUCGUUUUUUAGGAACAACCCUAGUCCGUUUUACAGACUUGCAAAAGAGCUAUUGCCUGGUCGAUACCGUCCAACUUUAACCCAUUAUCUCCUCCCGUUGCUUGCGAAAAAAGGGUUGUUGUUGAGAUCAUAUACUCAAAACAUUGAUAUGCUUGAGCGACUCACAGGACUGGAUCCAGAAUUAUUAGUCGAGGCUCAUGGAUCAUUUGCAACCUCUAUGUGCCUCAAAUGCGAAACGUUGGUUGAUUCUAGCCUUGUGAGAAAGAGCAUUAUUAAGGGCGACAUUCCUUAUUGUUCGCUUUGCAAAGGUCUUGUUAAGCCGACCAUUACUUUCUUUGGAGAGGAACUUCCUACACGAUUUGGGGAUUUGGUCCCAGAAGAUUUCAAAAAGUGCGAUCUACUCAUCGUUCUCGGAACAUCCUUAUUAGUCGAACCAUUUAACCGCUUGAUCACUCGAGUGCCUCCAAAUUGUCCACGAUUGUUGAUUAACCGUGAACGUGCAGGCGAAGAUAUGCCAUUUGGAUUCGAUUUCGAUAACAAACGGAAUUACAAGUAUCAACGAGAUGCCUUGUUCUUGGGUAAUUGUGAUGAAGGGACACGGAAGCUUGCUAAGCUUUGUGGAUGGGAGGGGGAGCUUCAGGCUAUGUUUGACGCCGGUAACAUCGAAAUGCAAUUAGCUGAGGAGUUAGAAGCACUUACUUUGGCAAAGGAGCUUGAAGAAGAACAGAAAAGGCUAAAAGAAGAGCAAGAGACAAAAGGACAGGGGGAGGAGACAGAGGAAAAGGUGGACAGCUCUGGUACCAGCAAGGAGGAAUCGGUAGCACUGGAUGAAAUCACGGAGCUUCUUUCGGUUACAAAAUUGUCAUCUACAGUUACAUCCACCUCCACCGAUACCGUUACUACUACUACUGUUACAAAUGGUGUAGAAGCAUCAGUGUCUGAUACGACCACUGCAGUGACCGUUAUUCAAGAGAAAGGAGAAAAGAGCAAGGAUGAAAAAAAUGGUCCAAAAAGUCAAAAGAAGGUUAAUAACGAUACUUCCAGCGCUUCAGGUCCUUCCACCAAAGGUAUCAACAAGCUUUAAUACAUUCUUGACCCCAGGCGGUAAAUAGCACUUCAUGGUUCGCUUUUUUUGUCUAAUUUUCAGGUUUCACAACCAGUUUCAACAGAUCACGUAUUUAUUUGACCAGGGAUUUUUUUUUUUUAAAUCUCUUAAUCCUUCUUCUCUCUGACAUUUUUUUUUUACAUAUACUACAAUGAUAUUGAUAUUUAACAGCUAAAAGGAAUGCGGCCAGCUG